UUACAAUCGUCCAAUAAACUCAAUAAGAAAAAAAAAUAUGUCUGCAAAUUCUGCGGCAAAAAGUUCAACUCAUGUAGAUUGUGGAAAAAUCAUGAAAGAAUUCACACUGGAGAAACGCUCAGUUCGAAAUGUCACAAAUCCUUUCGGUCUGAUCGAUCGAAAUCGCAUCAUGUACAACGUAAACAUAAAAAGAAGGAGUAUGUGUGUGAUCAGUGCGGAAAACGGUUCAGGAUCAAAAACUAUUUACGUUCUCACAUUUUGUCGCAUUUGCCAGUGGCGGCUCGCAAGUAUCAAUGCGAUAUAUGCCAGAAGAAAUUUUCAUAUAACUGUCAUCUCACUGUUCACAAACGUAUUCAUAGUGGUGAACGUAGUAAUAGAGAAAACUUCUUGUGUGAUUAUUGUGGAAAAUGCUUCAG